AUGGGGUUGAAGAAUCCAAGAAUCGAGGAGGCGGAUUUGGAGUUUUCUUUGGUGGUGGAUACCCUGGCGGAGGUUACCCCGGUGGUGGAUACCCUGGCGGAUACCCUGGUGGAGGUUACCCCGGUGGUAGAUAUGGAGGAAAACGAGGUAGAUAUGGUGGUGGAUGGGGCUACUGCCGCUAUGGCUGCUGUGGCCCGAGCUAUUACCCUAACUGGGGUUGCAGGUGCUGUGGAUAUGCUGGUAAGGCAGUGGAUGCUGAACCUCACAACUAAAACCUACCUAAGAAGUGCUGUGUUUUUUGACGUUGUGGUAUCUUAA